AAGAAUUCAAUAAAAUUUAUAAAAAAAAAAAAAAAAAGGAUAACAGACAAAAAGUUGUUCUUCCGGAUGGUCAACAACGUGGAUUUGGACUAUGACCGCUAGUAUUCAAAGAUUGUGGCAGUGGCAGAGCAUGACCUUUCUGCAUCCAGCAAAAUCUCAUACUGGAUUACUAAAUACGUCGUAGUUUCGAAAGAAUUUUGUCCAGCUUAUCUACACGCCCGAAAAAUGUUCUCCCUUGUAUGCUUGGUAGACAAUGUGGUUUUGGUGAACAUGUAGGGUUAAAAAAACUCAACGUAUGUUAUGCAUGUCGUAAUUUGGAGAUUCCAAAAUACUUCUUUAUUUAUUUUUGAUUGUCUGGUCGGAUUUUCUUCAAUAAAAUUAUGGGGUGAAACAUGAUAUAUAAUCAUAUAAGCUCGUAAAAUUAUGAAAGAAAAAAUGGUUUUGGGUUCCCAAUUAAUUAAAAUAGAAAAGUAAAAACCAAUCAAAAUCCAUGUUUGAAUCUUACCCACAAGACACCUACAAGCAAGGAGAGCCUUUAGCAAAUUCCACACAAAAACCCCUCACCCUCUGAUUCCAAUUUUCCCCACAUAGCACCACUCUCUUUGCCCUCAUCAUCAGGUAAAAUUUGCUCUCAGAAAAUAGAAGUGCCUUUAAGCCUAAAUCUUAAUCCUCUUUUCUCUCUUUUCCUUUCUCUCUCUUUACCAUCUCUAUACCAAUUUCCUUCAACAUUUCUUAUCUCCUCUGACACAUUACAUGAGGAAGCUUUGUCCCAACAUUGAUAAAGAAGAUGGCCUCGAGACUGUUCUUGAGGUCCCCAUACCAGAAGACAUGUUCAAUAGCAUGGGAAGCAAUGUCACAUUGCGGUGGCAAAACAUGUUAACAUGGAUGAAGGCUCAGACUUCCGACAAAUGGUCGGCACCAAUCAUCGCCGGCCGUCUCAACGAGCUCCGGUUCCUUCUUUACCUUGUAGGAUCACCCCUUAUACCUCUUCAGGUUCAAUUAGGCAAUUCCAUACACCGUCCUGUCAAAGAUAGUUCCAUUCAAGCUUCAACAGCCAAAUACAUUAUCCAACAAUACGUUGCGGCAACCGGAGGCCAACCGGCAUUGAGCUCGGUGCACAGCAUGUGUAUAACCGGAGGUGUUAAGAUCAGUGCUUCGGAGUUUCACCAAGGAGACGAAAGCAUGGAGGUGAAGAAAAGCACAGAGGAGCUCGGCGGUUUCGUGCUAUGGCAGAAAAACCCAGAUUUAUGGUGCUUGGAACUUGUUGUUUCAGGUUGCAAAGUCAUCUGCGGAAGCAAUGGCAAGCUUUCAUGGCGGAAUUCUUCCAACCAACAAGCCCCAGUCUCCAAAGGUCCCCCUAGACCCUUACGCCGUUUUCUACAGGGUUUGGAUCCAAGAGCCACAGCUAUCUUAUUCGCGGAUGCAACUUGCAUCGGAGAAAAGAUCAUCAGCGACGAAGACUGUUUCAUAUUGAAGCUGGAAACGAGCCCAGCGAUUCGUGAGCAACAGAGUGGACCAAACUUCGAAAUCAUCCACCACACAAUCUGGGGAUAUUUCAGCCAGAGAUCUGGGUUGUUGAUACAGUUUGAGGAUUCGAGGCUUUUAAGGAUGAGAACCAAAAACGACGAGGACGUGUUCUGGGAAACGAGCACAGAGUCGGUCAUGGAAGAUUACAAGUACGUGGACAAUGUGAACGUCGCUCACAGCGGCAAAACCAGAGUCACAGUUAUCAGGUACGGCGAGCAGUCGUCGAACCACAAGAGGGAAUUGGAAGAGACUUGGAAAAUUGAUGAAGUGGAUUUCAAUGUUUGGGGCUUGACCAUGGAGAGCUUUCUUCCUCCUGCUGAUCCGGUAGAUUGUAAGAAAGAUAAAAAUAAUAAUAUGUAGUUUCAAAUUUUAAAAAAAUUACUAUUCAUUUUUUUAUGAUUUUUAACUUCGGGAAAUUCCCAUUUUUCAUGCUGUUUGUAAGAGGAGAAAGUUGAAAAGGUUAAAAAAAAAGUGUAAAUACUAAGAAAGGUUGUUCAAAAUAUAUAUAUACAAUUUUGAGAAAGAAGGAUUGGUUUAUAUAUAUACAUACAUACAUAUAUAUAUAUAUAUAUAGUUCAGCUCCUUUAAAUAAUGAACAACUUCUUUUAAAUCAUAUAUUAAUGUAUUAUACAAAUAGAAGUGAACAAAAGCACAAAGUCAAAACUGAAUGGCUAAUAAUAUUACAGGGAAAAAAUUGGAAAGUGAAAAGUGAGAUAUAUCUGAAAAUUAAGUUUAAUUAUAGCCUUUUUCCAAGCUCAUUCUACAAAAGGCCUAGAGAGUACAUAAUAUACAUAUCGAUAUAUUCACUCAUAUGAAGGAGCUAAACAUUCAUCAACCAUAUCCAAAAGGUUUGGAUUCUCCAGUGCAGCUGCCACCCGUUCCUUGUCAUUCAGUUGUUUAUUAA